UUUGAGUAAUUUUUAAUGUGAUUAUGUCAUGUCAUCUGAACCCUAUACUCUAACCUCAGGAUAAAGGUUUAGAUUCUUUUGAUGUUACUGUGUCUGUGAUCUUGCCUGCUUCUCCUGGCACAUCCCUCCCGUGGUGCUCCCUGUAUUGCCCCUACCUGGGGUUCUCCUCGCUUACUGUGCUGUUUCUAACCAUCAUGCUUUGCCCUGAAUCUCUCUGAGUCUUUUUCUGCUGUGGACCAAAACUUCAUCCUGAGAUUCACCUCUGAUCUCUCUGGGCAGACUCCCAGAACACUCAGCUGGGAUGGGUUGGAGCUGCUUGAGGUGCAGUUCCCUCCGCCUCUGAGUUGCCAUCCAUGAAAAUGCCUCAUGUCUGUAUGUCCCUAUACUGUAGGGCAUGUAGCACAUUGGUGGAUACUUAGUAAAUGUUUGUUGAAGAAUUCAAGUUUUUAAAUUCCCCCUUUCAUCAGAUAACUAAAAAAUGUGUAUGCAUGGCUGGGUACAGUAUCUCAAGCCUGUAAUCCCAGCACUUUGGGAGGCCGAGGCGGGUGAAUCACCUGAGGUUAGGAGUUUGAGACCAGCCUGACUAACAUGGAGAAACCUUGUCUCUACUAAAAAUACAAAAAUUAGCUGGGCAUAGUGGUGGACGCCUGUAAUCUCAGUUACUUGGGAGGCUCAGGCAGGAGAAUUGCUUGAACCCAAGAUGUGGAGGUUGCAGUGAACCGUGAUCCCGCCAUUGCACUCUAGCGUGGGUGACAGAGUGAGGCUUCAUCUCAAAAAAAUAAAAAUAAAAAAGUGUAUGCAUAUAUAUAUGUAUAUAAAUGUGUUUAAUGUUCUAAUUAUUCUUGUAUUAUUUUCCAUGUAAACAUAAUGGUUUUGGAUUUCAGUUUAUUUUUUCUUGGGAGAAUACAUGUUUUGGAAGAUAUUAAACCCACCGCAUUUAUAUUGUUCACUGGUAGUAUCUUGUUCCAAGCUAUUUCUAUUGAAACUCUUAUUAUUAGACCAUCACAUGGUUAUAAACCACUCACAGAAUUUGAUACUUUGGUGCAUCCCAUGGAUUAAAACAUACUUUAAAAUUUGACAUCUAUAUAUUAGUUAAUGUAAUCAUGAUUUUGUUAAUGGGGAUUUAUAUCUGCUUUCCAAUCUCUGUAGCCAUAUGAAGUGUAAACUAGCCAUUAUAUUUGCUUCUUUAAAUAUAUAUCUGGGAAAUGCAACUUCAGACAAUUACAAUAUAAACUAAACCUGGUAACAAUUGAAUAAUGAAACAAUGAAUUAUAAUCUAUUCAGCUUUUCCCUCCUGUAGAAUUAUUAAUAGAUAGUUGGCUAUUUGGUAUAAAAGUAAAAAUAUUUUUAAAACCUUGACUUUUGUAAAUAAAGGAGAAUCUGCAGAAGAAACAAUGCAUAUUAAGUACUGAUUGUUUCUUGGUUGUCAUAAUGGAUGGCCUCUCUCUCUCUGUCGUUUUUAAGAAAGCCAAAUUACAGGAUAGGUAAUGUCUUAAAGGAUUCUUAUCUCAAAAACUAGGAUGCCCAGAUCUAAAGGGGCUUGCUGAGAUACUGGGUGGGUAAAUAAAGCUCAGCAAAUCAUAAUCAUCUUUGGAUUCUCAGUCAUGUUAUGUAAGUGGUCAUACAGAUGGAUUUUUAACUCUGAUUUUCCUAAGUUGCUUUCCUAUCCAUUAAACGGUUGGGAAGGUGCUGUCAGAUACAGAAUAAGAAGAAUAGCAUGACUGUGACUUUAAGAAGGAAAUUAAGUAGGGAGGGAAAAUGGGGAUGUUGUGACUGCUGACAUUUGUGGCCUCCUUUCAUUUGCGUAAGAGGUGGACUGGCUUCUCUGUGGCUGCGGUUGCCAUGGAGAGGUAGUGGGGGAGGACUUCUAGGAGGCAGCCCAUGAGCGAGUCUGCCUUAGAGCUGCUCCUAAAUGUGACGUGAAGGGGCAGGGAGCUCAGGUGUGCCGCGGCGGCACAGAUAAUGGGGAUGGCUGACCUGUCAUGGCUGACAAAAUUGAAGAAGCACAAAAAGAACUUAAUGGGGCAGAAGUUUCAAAAAAAGAAAUCUUAGAGGCUGGUGUUAAAGGAACUUCGGAAUCCCUUAAAGGUGUGAAACGCAAAAAGAUAGUAGCUGAGAAUCACCUGAAAAAAAUACCAAAAUCCCCACUGAGAAAUCCUCUUCAGGCAAAACAUAAACAAAAUACAGAAGAGUCAUCUUUCACCGUUUUUCAUAGUGCGUCAGAGUCUCAGAAGAAACAGAAUUAUAUUCCUGUAAAAAAUGGGAAGCAGUUUAUCAAACAAAAUGGAGAAACACUGGGAAUAAUUGCUGAAGCCUCAAAAUCUGAAGAAUCAGUCUCCCCAAAGAAGCCCUUGUUUCUGCAGCAUUCAUCUGAACUGCGUAGAUGGAGAUCCGAAGGCACUGACCCUGCCAAAUUCAGUGUCCUCGAUGAACAAUGUGACUCGAAUUCCUUGUCAAGUAAAACCAGGACUGACAAUAGUGAAUGCAUCUCUUCUUGUGGCACUACAUCCCCCUCCUAUACAAACACCGCAUUUGAUGUCUUACUGAAAGCAAUGGAGCCAGAACUGAGCACCUUGUCACAAAAGGGCUCAUCUUGUGCAAUUAAGACAGAAAAACUGAGGCCAAAUAAGACUGCACGAUCCCCUUCCAAAUUGAAAAACAGUUCAAUGGAUGCCCCAAAUCAAACUUCACAGGAACUGAUUGCUGAAUCACAGUCUUCUUGUACCUCGUACACAGUCCAUGUGUCUGCUGCUCAGAAGAACGAGCAAGGGACAGUGCAGUCAGCUUCUCAUUUGUAUCAUCAACAUGAACACUUUGUUCCCAAAUCCAACCAACAUAAUCAGCAGCUUCCAGGGUGUUCAGGUUUCACAGGAUCACUGAUGAAUCUGCAAAAUCAAGAGAAUGCCAAACUUGAACAGGUUUAUAAUAUAGGAGGGACAUCAUCUGUAGGCCUAGCCUCACCUUCCAGUAGAUCUCAGGUUACUCCUCAAAACCAGCAAAUGGAUUCUGCUUCACCUUUGUCAAUAAGUCCAGCCAAUUCUACACAGUCGCCCCCCACGCCAGUCUAUAAUUCAACCCAUGUUGCCUCUGUUGUUAAUCAAAGCGUAGAGCAAAUGUGCAAUCUUCUUCUGAAAGAUCAGAAGCCAAAAAAACAAGGAAAAUAUAUUUGUGAGUAUUGCAAUAGAGCAUGUGCAAAGCCUAGUGUGCUUUUAAAGCAUAUCCGCUCCCACACUGGAGAGCGACCCUAUCCCUGUGUGACUUGUGGAUUUUCAUUUAAGACUAAAAGUAAUCUGUAUAAGCACAAGAAAUCCCAUGCACAUACUAUCAAACUGGGUCUUGUCUUGCAACCAGAUGCUGGUGGCUUGUUCUUGUCCCAUGAGUCCCCCAAAGCACUUAGCAUUCAUUCAGACAUAGAGGACAGUGGGGAGAGCGAAGAGGAAGGUGCCACUGAUGAGAGACAGCAUGACCUCGGCACCAUGGAGCUGCAGCCUGUGCACAUAAUAAAGAGGACGUCAAAUGCUGAAACUUUACUAAAAUCAGGCUUCACUCCAAGCAGUCCAGAAAAUGUGGUAGGUGACUUUUUGCUACAGGACAAAUCUUCAGAAUCACAAGCUGUGACAGAGUUACCGAAAGUUGUGGUCCACCCUGUCACUGUGUCCCCCUUAAGAACUGACAGUCCAAAGGCCGUGGAUCCCAAGGCUGAACUUUCUAGUGCACAAAAGCAAAAGGACCUUCAGGUGAUAAACGUACAGUCACUUUCAGCCAACAUGUCCCAGGGUGGCAUCUCCAGGUUGGAGACUAAUGAGAAGUCCCACCAGAAAGGGGACACGAAUCCACUGGAAGGAAAGCAAGACUCUCACGUAGGAGCAGUACACGCCCAGCUACAAAGGCAGCAGGCUACGGAUUACUCCCAAGAGCAGCAAGGGAAGCUCCUGAGUCCUCGAAGUUUAGGAAGUACAGAUUCUGGUUACUUUUCACGUUCUGAAAGUGCCGAUCAAACAGUGAGUUCACCGACUCCCUUUGCCAGAACGUUACCCAGCACAGAACAAGACUCAGUAAGGAAUAACGGACCCUCUACAGCUCGUGUCAGCACAUCAUCAGCACCCUCUGCUCUGCCCACAGGGGAGAAGGCAUUGCUUUUACCAGGUCAGAUGCGCCCACCCUUGGCCACAAAAACACUUGAGGAGCGGAUAUCGAAGCUUAUCUCAGACAAUGAAGCCUUGGUAGAUGACAAACAACUGGAUAGUGUGAAGCCGCGGAGAACUUCACUCUCAAGACGAGGAAGCAUUGAUUCCCCCAAAUCAUACAUAUUUAAAGAUUCGUUUCAGUUUGAUUUAAAACCAGUGGGACGGAGAACAAGUUCAAGCUCUGAUAUACCGAAGUCCCCUUUCACCCCUACUGAAAAAUCAAAGCAAGUGUUUCUUCUGUCUGUACCUUCGCUUGACUGUUUACCUAUCACAAGGAGUAAUUCCAUGCCGACUACAGGUUAUUCAGCAGUACCUGCAAAUAUAAUACCUCCUCCUCAUCCACUAAGAGGAAGUCAGUCAUUUGAUGACAAAAUUGGCGCCUUCUAUGACGACGUGUUUGUAUCAGGACCUAACACUCCUGUACCCCAGAGUGGACAUCCUCGUACACUUGUCAGACAAGCAGCCAUAGAAGACUCUUCAGCAAAUGAAAGUCAUGUUCUCGGUACUGGGCAGUCCCUGGAUGAGAGCCACCAAGGAUGCCAUGCCUCUGGUGAAACUGUGUCUGUGCGGAGCAAGGCAUUGGCACAAGGCCCACAUACAGAAAAAAAGAAAUCUCACCAAGGGCGAGGGACAAUGUUUGAGUGUGAAACUUGUAGAAACAGGUAUAGGAAACUGGAAAAUUUUGAAAAUCAUAAGAAAUUUUACUGUUCUGAGUUACAUGGACCAAAAACAAAGGUAGCCAUAAGAGAACCUGAGCACGCCCCUGUGCCUGGUGGUCCGCAGCCGCAGAUUUUGCACUACAGAGUGGCUGGGUCCACUGGCGUCUGGGAACAGACGCCCCAGAUAAGAAAAAGGAGGAAAAUGAAAAGUGUUGGGGAUGAUGAUGAACUUCAGCAAAAUGAAAGUGGAACUUCUCCAAAAGGCUCCGAAGGCCUGCAGUUUCAGAACGCUCUGGGCUCUGCUCCCAGUUUGUCUAAACAUAAUGUUACCAUAAGAGGUGACCAGCAGCAUAAAAAUACACAGUUGCAAAACUCCCAAAUUCAGCUUGUUGCCAGGGGCCCUGAGCAGACCAUGGAUCCCAAGCUGUCGACCAUCAUGGAGCAGCAGAUAAGUUCGGCAGCCCAGGACAAGACAGAACUGCAGAGACACAGGACUGGGAUCUCUGUCAUCCAGCACACCAACUCCCUGAGCAGGCCCAACUCCUUUGACAAGCCUGAGCCUUUUGAAAGAGCCUCCCCAGUGUCCUUCCAGGAGCUGAAUAGAACAGGGAAGCCCGGGUCUCUGAAAGUGAUAGGAAUCUCCCAAGAGGAGGGUCACCCUUCUCGGGACGGGUCUCAUCCUCACCAGCUUGCACCAUCAGAUGCCCUCAGAGGAGAACUUCAGGAAAGCUCCAGAAAGAGUCCAAGUGAACGACAUGUGUUAGGACAGCCCUCAAGACUUGUCCGGCAGCACAACAUCCAAGUUCCAGAGAUUUUGGUCACAGAAGAACCAGAUCGGGACCUGGAAGCUCAAGGCCACGAUCAAGAAAAGUCAGAGAAGUUCAGUUGGCCCCAGCGGAGUGAAACCUUGUCAAAAUUGCCAACAGAGAAACUGCCACCCAAAAAGAAAAGGCUGCGUCUGGCUGAGAUAGAACAUUCCUCAACAGAAUCGAGCUUUGAUUCCACUCUCUCCAGGAGUCUAAGUAGGGAGAGCAGUUUAUCACACACUUCGAGUUUCUCAGCCUCUUUAGACAUAGAGGACAUUUCUAAAGCAGAGGCUUCCCCAAAAGUCGAUUUUCUAAAUAAAGCUGAGUUUCUUGUGAUCCCAGCUGGCUUGAAUACGCUGAAUGUUCCUGGAAGUCACCGGGAAAUGAGGCGUGCUGCAUCAGAACAGAUAAACUGCACGCAGAUGUCGAUGGAGGUCUCUGAUCUCAGAAGCAAAUCAUUCGAUUGUGGAAGUAUCACCCCAUCCCAGAUGACGCCGCUUACUGAAUCGCAGCCUCCGUCUUCACCUUCUCGAAUGGGAGUGACUGGGCACGUGCCUCUCAUAGAAAGAAGGAGAGGCCCACUGGUACGGCAGAUAUCUUUAAACAUAGCUCCAGAUAGUCAUCUGUCUCCCGUAAACCCAACAUCUUUUCAAAAUACUGCUCUUCCCAGCGUGAACGCAGUGCUGUAUCAGGGGCCUCAGCUCACCAGUACAUCUUUAGCUGAGUUUUCUGCACAUACUUUGUACUCUCAGACUCAAGUUAAGGAUCUGCAGGCAGAAAUGUCAAACCCUGGCUCUACCAGCAUCUUUCCCGUUCAACAGCUUUGUGAUAUCAAUUUGUUAAAUCAAAUCCACGCACCCCUUAGCCACCAGAGCGCACAGCUGUCUCUGCAAGUGUCUACGCAGGGUGGCAAACCAGAUGCCAGUUCCACUUUAUCUGGGUUUUCUAAAAGUGAGGAUUGCUUUGCUCCCAAAUACCAAUUGCAUUGUCAGGUUUUCACUUCAGGUCCGUCUUGCUCUUCUAAUCCUGCACUUUCUUUGCCAAAUCAAGUUAUUUCAGAUCCAGUUGCAACAGAUCGUUGUGUGACAUCAGCAGGUUUACCAACCAAAUUAAUCGAUACCAUGUCUAAUUCGCAUCCUCUGAUACCGCCAGAGCUCAGGCCCCUUGGAAGUCAGGUGCAGAAGGUGCCGUCGUCAUUCAUGCUGCCUGUACGUCUGCAGAGUAAUGUUCCUGCUUACUGUUUUGCCGCACUCACGUCCCUGCCACAAAUACUAGUGACCCAGGAUCUGUCCAGUCAGCCAAUUUGCCAGGCUAAUCAUAGUGUAGUGCCAAUCAGUGAAGAACAAAAUUCGGUGCCAACAUUACAAAAAGGUCAUCAUAAUGCUUUGCCAAACCCAGAGAAGGAAUUUGUGUGUGAAAAUGUUCUUUCAGAGAUGGGCCAAAAUUCUUCUCUGUCAGAAUCCUCACCCAUACCUCAGAAGACAUCUGUUGGUCGACUUUCCCCUCAACAAGAAUCUUCAGCUUCGAGUAAAAGGAUGCUUUCCCCUGCAAAUAGUUUAGACAUUGCCAUGGAAAAGCACCAGAAGCGGGCCAAAGAUGAAAAUGGAGCUGUUUGUGCAACAGAUGUGAGACCUUUAGAGCCUUUGGGUUCGAGAGCUAAUGAACCUAGUAAACAGAAGAAACCUGUUUUAGUGAGGCAGGUUUGUACUACAGAGCCCCUGGAUGGUGUAAUACUGGAAAAGGAUGUUUUUUCUCAACCUGAAAUUAGUAGUGAGGCCGUUAAUUUGACAGAUGUUUUACCGUCUGAUAAUUCGUUAUCAGGAUGCUCUAAGUUUGUCGUUAUAGAACCUAUAAGUGAAUUGCAGGAAUUUGAAAACAUCAAGUCAUCCACAUCAUUAACUCUUACAGUUCGAAGUUCACCUGUCCCUUCAGAAAAUACUCUUAUUUCUCCUUUGAAAUGUACGGACAAUAACCAAGAAAGGAAGUCUCCCGGGGUUAAAAAUCAAGAUGACAAAGUGAACAUCCAAGAGCAAAGUCAACAGCCGGUCCCUUCUCUUUCACUGUUUAGCAUCAGGGACACCCAGCAGCUGGCUUUCCCUAGCCUGAAGACUACAACCAACUUUACAUGGUGUUAUCUCUUACGGCAGAAGUCAUUGCAUUUGCCUCAGAAGGACCAGAAAACUUCAGCCUAUACUGAUUGGACAGUAAGCUCCAGUAAUCCAAAUCCACUUGGUUUGCCCACAAAAGUUGCACUUUCUCUCCUUAAUUCAAAACAGAACACUGGAAAAUCACUAUAUUGUCAAGCAGUAACUACCCAUUCCAAGUCAGAUUUAUUGGUCUAUUCAAGCAAGUGGAAAAGCAACUUAAGCAAGAGAGCAUUAGGUAAUCAAAAAUCCACAGUAGUUGAAUUCAGCAAUAAAGAUGCCUCUGAAAUUAACAGUGAGCAAGAUAAAGAAAAUUCCUUAAUCAAAAGUGAACCAAGAAGAAUUAAAAUAUUUGAUGGAGGAUAUAAGUCAAAUGAAGAGUAUGUAUAUGUCCGGGGCAGGGGAAGAGGAAAAUACAUUUGUGAAGAAUGUGGAAUACGUUGUAAGAAACCUAGCAUGCUAAAGAAACACAUACGAACCCAUACAGAUGUCCGCCCCUACCACUGCACUUACUGUAACUUCUCCUUUAAGACUAAAGGAAAUCUGACAAAACACAUGAAGUCCAAGGCGCAUAGCAAGAAAUGUUUGGAUUUAGGCGUCUCAGUAGGUUUAAUAGAUGAACAGGAUACAGAAGAAUCAGAUGAAAAACAGAGAUUCAGUUAUGAGCGGUCUGGAUAUGAUCUUGAAGAAUCUGAUGGCCCAGACGAGGAUGAUAAUGAAAACGAAGAUGAUGAUGAGGACAGCCAAGCUGAAUCAGUCCUGUCAGCUGCGCCCUCGGUUACAGCCAGCCCACAGCACCUCCCAUCUAGAAGUAGCCUUCAGGACUCUGUGAGUGCUGAUGAGGACAGCAGGAUCACCGAUUGCUUUUCUGGGGUACAUACAGACCCAAUGGACGUUCUGCCCAGGGCGUUGCUCACCAAAAUGACCGUUCUGAGCACGACACAGUCUGACUACAGUAGGAAGACACUCUCUCCAGGGAAGGCCAGGCAGCGCGCCGCAAGAGAUGAAAAUGACACGAUUCCGUCUGUAGACGCUUCCAGGUCUCCUGAAGCUGCACCCAGGUCCCCGUGUCAUCAGAUGUCUGUGGACUACCCUGAAUCUGAAGAAAUCCUGAGAAGUUCUGUAGCAGGAAAAGCUAUUGCUGUAACACAGAGCCCAUCAUCUGUAAGACUUCCUCCUGCUGCCACCGAGCACAGCGCCCAGACAGCAGCGGUGAUGCCUUCUGUGGCCUCGCCACAUCCUGACCCUCAAGAACAGAAGCAGCAAAUAACUCUACAGCCGACUCCAGGCUUGCCUUCUCCCCACACUCAUUUGUUUAGCCACCUUCCUUUGCAUUCCCAGCAGCAAUCAAGGACACCUUAUAAUAUGGUUCCAGUUGGGGGGAUCCAUGUGGUACCCACUGGCCUCACCUACUCCACGUUUGUGCCCCUUCAGGCUGGACCAGUGCAGCUCACGAUCCCUGCUGUCAGUGUCGUCCACAGAACUUUGGGUACUCCCAGGGAUACGGUCACAGAAGUGUCUGGCACUACAAACCCCGCUGGAGUGGCUGAAUUAAGCAGUGUUGUGCCAUGUAUUCCUAUUGGCCAAAUCCGCGUGCCAGGCCUUCAGAACCUGAGUACCCCAGGCUUGCAGUCACUCCCCUCGUUAAGCAUGGAAACCGUCAAUAUUGUAGGCCUAGCUAACACCAAUAUGCCCCCUCAAGUCCAUCCACCGGGACUGGCUCUGAAUGCCGUCGGACUGCAGGUUCUGACGGCAAACCCUUCCCCGCAAAGCAGCCCCGCUCCUCAGGCACACAUUCCAGGUCUCCAGAUCUUGAACAUAGCAUUGCCCACCUUAAUCCCCUCGGUCAGUCAAGUAACCGUUGAUGCACAGGGAGCUCCUGAAAUGCCAGCUUCUCAAAGCAAAGCGUGCGAGACACAACCCAAGCAGACUUCCGUAGCCGGUGCAAACCAGGUCGGCGGGACCGAGUCUCCUCAGGGGUCACCUCAAGUCCAGCGGGAAAAUGCAAAAAAAGUUCUGAAUCCACCUGCCCCCGCAGGUGACCAGGCAAGGCUUGAUGGCCCGAGUCAAAUGGACACAGAGAAGGCUGCCUCGGCAAAUCACGUGAAGCCCAAGCCUGAACUCACUUCCGUACAGGGCCAGCCAGCAUCCACAUCACAACCUCUGCUGAAGGCACAUGCUGAAGUUUUUACAAAGACCUCAGGCCAGCAGACUCUCUCUCCGGACAGACAGGUGCCCAGGCCCACAGCACUGCCCCGGAGGCAGCCCACUGUGCAUUUCAGCGAUGUGAGCAGUGACGAUGACGAGGACAGGCUUGUGAUAGCAACCUAAUGGGUUUUAUUUUUUAUUGCUUUUUUUUAAGUAACACUUAAAGGUUUCUUUGAAAACCCUCCUUUCCUUAAAGCACAUUUUUCUGGCAUAAACUCAUGACUAAUCUUUGUGCAGUCAUGAACUUUUGACCAAUAAUUGUUGUUUUGUGUCAGCUCCAGCCAUUUUUGUACAUGUUGUAUAGACAAUCGUGCCUUUUAGGAGCUUUAUGUUUAGAAACUGUACAGAUUGUUGAAUAUCUAUAUACAUAAAAAUAUAUAUGUACAUGAAAACCAGGUAGUUAUUUGUGUUUAGUAAGGAAAACCUGUCAAAUAAAUCAAAUGAUUAAAUUAUAUGUUCUACUGUUGAAUAUAAAUUUUAUGGCUAUGGGGCAGAGUUUCUGUGUAUAAAUUAGUACGUAAACUCCAUAUUUAUUGUAUUCAUAUUAGUCUUUGAAAAUGAGUCUGUCCUCCUUGUGUAAGACAGUAACUUUACACUUCAGAUUUUCUGUGUUAUGAAAUGUUCCAGUAAAAUAUUGUUUACUGCCUUUA